AUGUCAACCUCAUCUAACCAAGUUUCCGCAGACACCACUACUACAGACACCGCAACAUCAACAGAUACAACUGUUGUUGACCACCCACUUGCCGAAAAUGUAAGACCACUUUCGCCAACCCGAGGUCUUUUGAUUAGCCAUAUUAUUGAAUUGUAUUCGUGCAAGCCAACCAGAGAAAAAUUCAGAUUCUAUAACGAGGACGCAUUAUUUGAAGAUCCAGUAAUGAUUGCACCUGGACUCGAGAAUAUCAAAGCCCAAUUCUACGCAAUGCCAAAAAUUUUCUCAAAAUCCACCCCUGAUAGCUACAAAGUGCUAAAAAACGACGAACAUAUAAUCGAAAUCGAUCUCAAUCAACGAUACUUUGUUGCAUUAUUCAAUAAGGAAAUUGUACACCACAGCUUUAUCCGAUUGGAGUUGGAUACUAACGAAAAGAUUGUAAAGCACACGGAUUUAUGGAACGGGAAACCGUUGUACCAUGAGGGAAUCAUUGGUGGAAUUUCUUCGUUCUUCCGUAGAACAAAUGCUAGACUUGUGUCCACUUUCGUGCGCAUUCCAGAAAUUGCAAUGUAA